AGAGGGGGGUUAUGAAGCCAUAUGUAUAAACUAUAAAGUUUCCGUGGACGCAUACAUUCGAGAGUGGCAGUAGGAAGAACUUAAUUCCUAUACAAUAUCUUCAUUCCUAAAUUCAACCAUAGGGUAAAUUGGUUUGCGCGUUACGGGGAGAGAUCUGAGAGCGCCAUCUCUCUGAAACUCUCUCUAAGAAGCUUUCUCUGUAAAACCUUUCAGCGUAGCGGCUGAAUUGGAGUGCUUAAAUCAUGUUUGGGCGUGUUCCAAGGAAGAGUAACAGCACCAAGUAUUAUGAGAUUCUUGGUGUUUCCAAAAAUGCUAGUCAAGAUGAGCUGAAAAAGGCAUACAAGAAAGCUGCCAUUAAGAAUCACCCCGACAAAGGCGGGGAUCCUGAGAAGUUCAAGGAGGUAUCUCAAGCUUAUGAUGUUCUCAGCGAUCCAGAGAAAAGAGAAAUCUAUGACCAGUAUGGUGAAGAUGCUCUUAAAGAAGGAAUGGGAGGUGGUGGUCCCUCACACAACCCAUUUGAUAUAUUUGAAUCAUUUUUCGGAGGCGGCUUUGGUGGCAGUGGUAGCUCACGUGGAAGAAGAAAGAAGCAAGGUGAAGAUGUUGUGCAUAGCUUAAAGGUUUCUUUGGAGGACCUGUAUAAUGGAGCAUCAAAGAAGCUCUCUCUAUCUAGGGAUGUCUUAUGCUCAAAAUGUAGAGGGAAAGGUUCAAAGAGUGGAGCAACUGGAAAAUGUUAUGGAUGUCAAGGUACUGGAAUGAAAGUAACAACACGACAGAUUGGUCUAGGCAUGAUUCAACAGAUGCAACAUAUCUGUCCUGAAUGCCGGGGCUCAGGUGAGAUGAUCAGUGAUAGAGAUAAAUGUCCACAUUGCAAGGGAAACAAAGUUACUCAGGAAAAGAAGGUACUGGAGGUGAACGUGGAGAAAGGGAUGCAACAUGGCCAGAAGAUUGUAUUUGAAGGGCAAGCAGACGAAGCUCCUGAUACAGUCACAGGAGACAUCGUCAUUAUAUUGCAACUGAAAGAACACCCCAAGUUUAAGCGGAAGUUCGAUGAUCUUUAUGUGGAACACAGCCUCAGUUUAACAGAGGCUCUUUGUGGAUUUCAGUUUGCAUUAACUCAUCUUGAUGGCCGGCAGCUUCUGAUCAAGUCAGACCCUGGAGAAGUCAUCAAGCCUGGUCAAUACAAAGCAAUCAAUGAUGAGGGAAUGCCAAAUCACCUGAGGCCAUUUAUAAAGGGCAAACUCUACAUCCAUUUCAAUGUGGAUUUCCCAGAUUCUGGUUUUAUUUCUCCUGAAAAAUGCCGGGCUCUAGAGACUAUACUUCCUGCCAGGACAAGCCGUUUAACAGACAUGGAAGUGGAUGACUGCGAGGAAACAACCAUGCAUGAUGUUAAUAUGGAGGAGGAGAUGAGGCGAAAGCAGCAACAGCAGUACCGGGAGGCAUAUGAUGAAGACGAUGAGCCAUCAAUGCCGCGUGUCCAAUGUGCCCAGCAGUAAGGAAUACUGGGGCGGGGGGGUACAUCACAGCCCGUCUCUUCCCCUAUCUAUUUUGGUUAGAUCACGGAGGGUGUGGAGUUAAGUUUAGAAAGCAAAUUAUGCCAUGUUAACUUGAAUUAUGUUAUUUUUGAUAAUUUAUUAUUUCCCAAAAGGAAGGAAAUCAGUGAGUCCAAUUUUCAGA